AUGUGCAUUGAUUCAACAAUUGAAUAUCAUUGGAUUGACGGGGUAGAGCGCCUGGAACUAUAUGAGCCCGGCGGGUACCAUCCGGUUUUGAUUGACGAUUUGCUACACAAUCGCUAUCGAAUAAUUGAUAAACUGGGGUUUGGGGGCUACUCGACCAUAUGGCUCGCUCGAGACGAGGUAGACAAACGGUAUGUCGCCGUCAAGAUCGGGAUAUCAGCUCCUUCGCUUCCUCGCCGGGAGCAGGAGAUCCCCAGAGCGUUACAUGAAUCACAUUCGACAUUGGGAAAGCCCGCGGCGCUGCCAACCAUCCUCGACUCAUUUGACGUUCGCGGACCGAAUGGGUUACACCCAUGUUACACUUUGACUCCCGCGCAGGGAAAUCUUAAGGAAGCAUCAUUUAGUCGCCUAUUUCCCAUCCAAGUUGCGCGCGCUUUGUCUGCAAACUUGGUUACCGCUGUUGCGGCCGUUCACUCACGAGGUUUCGUACAUGGAGACAUUCAUCUUCGCAACGUCUUGGUCAAGAUACCGUCAACGUUUGACGAACUUUCAAUCCAAGAGUUCAGGGAGAAGUACGGCGAGCCUGAAACAGUGCCCAUUUCCCGGGUCGAUGACAAGCCCAUUACUGCCAACGUUCCAAAAUACGCUGUAGAGCCCCUUUAUCUUGGGAAAAAGGCUCAAGAUUUCACUUUGGCCGACGCUCAGGGCUUGAUUCUUAGCGACUUUGGUGAGGCCUUCUGCCCAGCUACGGAGCAGCGGCUUGGGAGGGAAUGCAAUACUCCUCUGGCCAAGAAGGCGCCCGAAGCUGUUUUUGAGCCUGAUGUUCCUUUAUCGUUCCCUUCAGACAUAUGGAGUCUCGGAACUGCCAUUUGGGAGAUAUUAGGGAUGAAGUUUAUCUUCAGUGAGGUGGAGACCCAAGAUGAGAUCACCGCCCAGCAAAUUGAUGUCUUGGGUGCGGCAGAUUUCCCUGACGAUUGGAGAAGGCAAUUUGAACGACUGGGAGACGAAGACAAUUAUGGUGCUACAACAAUUCCUCGGCGACCAAGUGGUCUACGUGAAACGUGGCCCAGUCUUGACAAUGCCUUCGAAGAGUUCGUACAAAAGUACAGGAGAAAGCGAGAGGCUGCUGGGCUGUUUGACGAACAAGAGACGAGGGCGAUUCUUGACCUUAUACGUGGAAUGCUGAGGUUCCGCCCGGAGCAACGUCUGACCAUAGAUGAGGUGCUCAAGUCUGAAUGGAUGGUCAAGUGGGCGCUGCCCCAGCUAGAAUUAGAUUAG